CAGCAAUGGAUAUAUUCGAAUGACGAUUAAAUCUAAUGAUUCCCGUCAUUUUUCAACUUCAAUUUUGACUAAAAAACAUAACCACCAUUUAAAAAACAAACAGUCGAACCCUUGAAAACUUGUAAACAAUGGCUGCCGCAUCAUCUGAACUCAAAUGCCUGUUUCCAAUCUUCACUCUAAACACUCAACCUCAUCAUUUCCCUUACACUCUCAAAUUCCAUAAUGAAAAUUUCCAGUCAAAAACCCAGUCUUUAAGGAUUUCACUUCUUCCUUCUAAAAUCCUACAAUGGAAUACUGUUUGCUUAGCUGCAGAAAUUGUGGAUAUUCCUCCUCCUUCUGAUGAUUCCGAAGAAAAUCCAGAAAAGGUUGUUGCUAUUACUGCUGCUGAAGAAAGGAAAGAUAGAAGAAGGGCUGUUAGAAUUGCUUGGGAGAAACUUGUUAGGUGGUCACGUUCUUGGCGUUCUAAGUCUAGGCCUGAUGUUCUUCAACGCACUCAAAAGGUAGUGGUACUUGGAGGUGGCUCAUUUGGUACUGCUAUGGCAGCCCAUGUCGCAAAUAGAAAAGCAGAAAUGGAAGUCAGUAUGCUCGUACGUGAUCCUCAAGUUUGUCAAUCUAUUAAUGAAAUCCAUUACAAUUGCAAAUAUUUUCCAUAUCACAAGCUACCAGAAAAUCUUAUUGCCACAACAGAUGCUAAGUUUGCUCUGCAAGGUGCCGAUUUCUGCCUUCAUGCUGUGCCAGUGCAGUUUACCGCUUCUUUUCUUGAAAGCAUUGUGGAUUAUGUUGAUCCUGGCUUACCAUUCAUUUCACUUAGCAAAGGUUUGGAGCUUAAUACACUACGGAUGAUGUCUCAAAUUAUUCCACAGGCACUGAAAAAUCCUCGCCAGCCGUUUGUUGCCUUAUCAGGCCCUUCAUUUGCCAAAGAAUUGAUGACCAAAUUGCCAACAGCUAUGGUAGUUGCUUCAAGGGACAAAAAAUUGGCAAAUGAAGUUCAACAGCUUCUAGCUUCUGAAAGGCUAAGAAUCAACACUUCAAGUGAUGUUACAGGGGUUGAAAUAGCUGGUGCACUGAAAAAUGUUCUGGCUAUUGCAGCUGGAAUUGUGGAAGGAAUGAAUCUUGGUAAUAAUUCUAUGGCUGCUCUUGUUGCGCAAGGCUGCUCUGAAAUUCGUUGGUUGGCAAAAAAGAUGGGUGCCAAGUCUGCGACACUAACAGGGUUAUCAGGGACUGGAGACAUUAUGCUAACGUGUUUCGUUAAUCUUUCAAGAAAUAGGACAGUUGGAGUUCGCCUUGGGUCAGGCGAGAAACUCGAGGAUAUACUGAACUCAAUGAACCAGGUUGCUGAAGGUGUUGCGACAGCUGGAGCCGUCAUUGCAUUGGCCCAAAAAUAUAAUGUGAAGAUGCCAGUUCUGACAGCAGUAGCUAGAAUAAUAGACAAUGAGCUAACUCCUCAAGCAGCUGUUCUUGAACUGAUGAGCCUACCUCAGGUUGAGGAAGUCUGAAGCCUGCGAACUGAGUUUUUGCUCUCUUAAUGAAUUGUAUAGACCGUGUUUUUCCUUGAAGUUGGAAACCAGUGAAUCGAGUUUGGGCUGAAAUAAUUUUUGCGCUGCAUCGCAGCUGCUCCUUCUCCAGGACAGCGUUAUACUACAGUGCUUCUAUUUACCGCAUAGUCCCAGAGAAGCUCAGGCAUCUGUGCAAUGGAUAUAGUAAAAUACAAACUACAACAUAUUGCAGAAAGAUAUUGGUGUUAAACUAUCCAAUUUAUCACUCCAUUUAUUCAUAUUCUGAUUUAAUUUAAUUUGAAAUUCUUAGGAUGAAGAAAUUGUAUUAUACUAUAUAAAUACAGAUAUUAGAUGCAUAUUGCAAUGCAAUUGUUUAAUAUUCUAUUACCUGCUAAAUUGGAUUUGGUCAUUAGGUGU